CGCGUCAGAAGCCAAAACCAACUUCUCCCAAUGCGCGAGGUCUCCCGUCAGUAGUUCCCGAAUGUUUUGCUGAGCGGUUACUUCUGCUGUGAGGGAAAACAAAGACCCGAGAUUCAGUACUUGAUUUUUGUCUGGGGAGGCCACUCUUCUUAAAGAGAGAGAGACUCAUCUGCAGGUAAUUCUCCAAAGACAUGGGAAGAUAGGUGUAAGCCCUGGAACCCAGACCCUUAAGUGGAGGGAAGCUGCUUUCUGCUGUGAAUGAUGGCCAAACCCACUCUGAGAGGAAAUGGCACUAACUCGGAGACCUACCGACAGCGCUUCAGGAAAUUUCAUUACCAGGAGGUAGCUGGGCCCCGUGAGGCUUUCAGCCAACUCUGGGAACUUUGCUGUCGGUGGCUAAGGCCGGAGGUGCGCACCAAGGAGCAGAUUAUAGAAUUGUUGGUGCUAGAGCAAUUCCUGACCAUCUUACCUGGGGAAAUCCAGAAGUGGGUACAGGAGCAAUGUCCAGAAAGUGGAGAAGAGGCUGUGGCUCUGGUGGAAGAUUUAGAAAGAGAGCCUGGAAGACCUGGACGUUCGGUCACAGUCUCUGUGAAGGGGCAGGAAGUGCGCUUGGAGAAGAUGACACCCCUGAAAUCAUCACGAGAGUUAUUAAGUGUUCGGCAGGAGUCAGUGGAACCUCAGCCCAGGGGUGUACCCAAGAAAGAGAGGGCAAGAAGCCCAGACCUGGGACCGCAGGAGCAGAUGAACCCAAAGGAGAAGCUCAGACCUUUGCAAAGGAGCGCAGGAUUUCCAUUUCCUAAAUCCGGUGUGGUCUCCAGGUUGGAGCGAGGAGAGUCUUGGAUCCCAGAUGUAGGCUCCAAGGAAAAGGAACUGCCAAGAGGCAGUCACACAGGAGACAGACGAAUGCAUGCUGAUCUGUUACCAUCCAGGAGAGAGAGAAGCUGGGUGGAACAGGAUCCCUGGGGCUUUGAGGAUGAGAAGGUGGCCGGUGUGCACUGGGGCUAUGAAGAGACCAGAACUCUCCUUGCAAUUCUCAGUCAGAAUGAAUUUUAUGAGGCUCUCCGAAACUGUCAUCGAAACAGCCAAGUAUAUGGGGCUGUAGCUGAGCGGCUGCGGGAGUAUGGCUUCCUCCGGACCCUGGAACAGUGUCGGACCAAGUUCAAAGGUCUCCAGAAGAGCUAUCGGAAAGUCAAGAGUGGCCAUCCACCAGAGACCUGCCCUUUCUUUGAAGAGAUGGAAGCCCUGAUGAGUGCUCAGGUCAUUGCCCUGCCCCGCAGUGGCCCGGAAGAGGCAGCCUGUCACUCCGGCCUGGCAGGCAGCGAUGCUGAGACGGAGGAGCCAGGGCAAGGGAGCUGGCAGCAUGAGGAGGGAGCAGAAGAGGCCGGGGCUGAGGAGUCUGACAGUGACGAAACGGGCCAGGAGGCCACGGCCCAGGACCCCAGCAACUCCACUGCACCUGUCCUUUUCCGAAGCCCAAGUGGUGUACACUGGGGCUAUGAAGAGACAAAGACAUAUCUUGCAAUUCUUAGUGAGACUCAGUUUUACGAAGCCCUCCGGAACUGUCACCGCAAUAGCCAAUUAUAUGGAGCCGUGGCUGAGCGGUUAUGGGAAUAUGGCUUCCUGCGGACACCGGAGCAGUGUCGGACCAAGUUUAAAAGCCUACAAACCAGCUAUCGGAAAGUCAAGAAUGGCCAAGCCCCAGAGACCUGUCCCUUCUUUGAAGAAAUGGAUGCUUUGGUGAGUGCCCGGGUUGUUGCCCUACCUAGUGAUGGCCAGGAAGAGGACACAGCCUCUUGCCCCAUCCAGGAGGCUAGUGAGGCUGAAGCUGAGAACCAAGCGGAGGAGGCAGAAGAGGCCACAGAAGAAGAUUCUGAGGAUGAUGAAGAGGAUACUGAGCUCCCCCCGGGGGCUGUCAUGACCCGUGCUCCAGUCUUAUUCCAGAGUCCCAGUGGUUUUGAGGCUGGAUUUGAGAAUGAAGAGAAUCUAAAACGGGAUAUUUCUGAGGAAGUACAACUACAUAGGACAUUACUUGCAAGGUCUGAAAGGAAAGUUCCCCGGUAUCUCAAUCAGGAUAAAGACAGUGAGAGUGAAUAUAGAUCAGGAAGACAGUGGGAAAGGACCCCAGGGGAGAGAAGAGGAAAACCGACACUCCCAGAGAGGAGUUUAGGUAAAGUUCUAAGUCAUCAGAGACCUUACUUGGGAGAGAGACCCUAUAAAUAUCUCAGAUAUGGCAAAAGCUUUGGUCCAAACUCCCACGUUAUGCAUCAGAUAUCCCACCAAGUGGAAAACCCAUAUAAAUGUGCUGAUUGUGGGAAAAGUUUCAGUCGGAGUGCACGCCUCAUUAGACACCGGAGAAUCCACACUGGAGAGAAACCUUAUAAAUGUCUUGACUGUGGGAAAAGUUUCCGUGACAGUUCAAAUUUCAUCACCCAUAGGAGAAUCCACACAGGAGAGAAACCGUAUCAAUGCAGUGAGUGUGGAAAACGUUUCAAUCAGAGCUCAAGCCUUAUAAUUCACCAGAGAACCCACACAGGAGAAAAGCCCUAUCAAUGUGAAGAGUGUGGGAAAAGCUUUAAUAACAGUUCUCAUUUUAGUGCACAUCGAAGGAUACACACAGGAGAAAGACCCCAUGUGUGUCCUGACUGUGGAAAGAGUUUCAGUAAGAGUUCUGACUUACGUGCACAUCACAGAACACACACAGGAGAGAAACCUUAUGGGUGUCAUGACUGUGGCAAGUGCUUCAGCAAAAGCUCUGCUCUGAAUAAGCACAGAGAAAUCCAUACACGAGAAAAGCUUCUGACACAGUCAGCGCCUAAGUAAGCCUCUGGGAAUCUAUAAAGAAAAGAGUCUCAAUAAAUGUAUUGAAAUUGUUUGAAAAAGUCUUCCAAUAUAGUGAGAUCCAUCUCCUGUGCCCAACUACUUUAGGAAAUAUUCUAAGGUUUACCCCACUGUUUAUUCCUGUUUCUCUUGGAUCUAGAGUCAAAUUCCCAAAGCAGUUGUCUUACGAAUGAAAGGACGAUUUCAGUCCCUCUCCAUGCCUGCAUCUGAACUGACAGAUAACAUCUUUCCCUUUCAGUGCCCAUGUUGUUACUUUAAUAUAGAGAGGACAUAGUAGUAGAUCCUAUGAAUUUGAUAUGUACUCUUCCGAACUCAUCCUGUUAUUCAGCUGCAUUUCAACUGGAAAAACCCAUCACAGCAUUUCAGGGAGAAGUUGUGACAUUUCUCAUUGAGUGGGCCUAGCUCUUUAUAUAGUAAUGGAAAUGCAAAAAAAGAAUGACCCUUCCAGCGCCCAGAAUGACAUACAGAUGGUUUCCAAUUUAAGAUGGUUUAACUUUGUAAUGGUGCAAAUGCGAUACGCAUUCAGUAGAAACUGGUUAGGCUAAGCUAUAAUGCAAAUGACUUACAAUACAUUUAACUUAUGAUGGGCUUAUCUGGACAUAACCGCAUCGUAAGUCAAGGAGAAUCUGUAUUUGUCACGCACACUCUUCAUUUACCUUAAAAAGAACCUAGCUGUUCUAUAUGGGGAAACAAUGUAAACCUUGUAUAAAUACUGAGGUAUGAACCCUAGAUUUCUUAGUGUCUUCCAAGCCCUAGAAGAUUUGGAAUAGAAUACUACCUUUUCAGCAUCUAAUUUGACUGUUUUAUGUUCCAUCUCUGAAUUUUAUCUAUCCCUUGUGGUCCAGAAGCCCAAAGAGCAAGCUAGCUGGAUGUGGUGAUAGGGAAAGCAGUUAAAGCUGCCAGUAGGGAACUGUCCCUAUUCCACACACUUCAAACACCUCUCUAGUGUUAGACACCCUGUGGGUGCUCAAUGCUAACCUACUAUAAGCAGAAGCCACUGCCACAUUCCCAAGGACUGGGACAAGAGACCAUUUUGUGCCAACAAGUGUUUAAUAGCAAGGAGCACAGAUUAUCUUUGGUCAGUGGAGUUGCCAAUACUCACACACAUGCAUGUGCAUAUAUUCAAGUAUGAGUAUACAUCUAUUUUUAAAAGCAGCUCUUUAAACAAUUUAAUUCUGAUCUUUAUAAUCAAAUAGUAUUGAAUUAAUUGCCCGUAUGUUCACAGAACUAUGAGGAGCCCUGUACAGCACAAGUUCAACAGUCCUGUCCUUACAAUCUAAAAUAACACUGACAUGGACAAAUAAUAAGUACACAUGUAUGGUUGCAACAGUUUUAGAGAAAUCUAGAAAGGUAGGCAGUAACACUGCAUAAAUGUUAAGGUCUAAUGCAUUAAAGUUGUCAGAAAAAUCUGGGAGGUAUUCACUUUAUUCAGCAAGGCUUCACGAAGCAAGAAGUCUUCAAAGGAGGGAAGGUUAGUGGGUAAACUUUCCAGAACUAAUCACAAAACUGAGUGCUGAGUGGGUGAAAAACUGGAAUAUUGGGGAACAAGUUGUUUAGUGCAGAUGGAGCAGAGGGCAAAUGAGAGACUUUAAGGUAGGUUAGACAAAGCUUGGAGCAGCAUAAAAUUUGAGGAACAGUAUGAUAUGGGCUGUGCUAGAGGCAGAGAAAGAAUCACCUUAGCUUUUCAAAACACAGAGUGCCAGAAGCAGAUCAAGAGGUGGUGCUCCCAUCAUGUAUAGUAAGUCAGGUGCUGUGUUGUAUUUAUUGAUAAGGAAACAGCUAGCUGAUACUGGAGAAGAAGAAUGAGUAGUUUUAGGGGACUGGCUCCUAUGGGAGACAAAGGUCAGAAACUAGUAUCUUGAGAAGAUACUUUCAAGGUGGGUCUGGAAAGAGGAAUACAAGCAGACGGCCAAGGCCUGGGAUAAGCAGCUAUUUCACAUUCACAUUUAAUUAGAGUCCUGUAGCUAGAAUGAGAUCUAGGAGCAGCGAGGGGAGACAGAAUAUUCUAUAAUUCAUAACUUACUGUGUUUGAUGAGAGGUUAAUUAGGGUUCUGGUGUUGAGGGAUCCUAGUACGAAGAAUCUAACAUUAGGAAUUAAAGGGAGAUGUCUCAAUUGUUUUGCCUAAGCAGGCAGGAAGAUAUAAGAAACACCAGUAUAAAGCUAUGCUUCAGGAUCUGAGAUGCUUUAGGAAGUGUGCUAUAAUGUGUUUUAAAAAUGAGAGAUUACUGUCUUUACUAUGUCUAUGUAUAGUCUUGUGGAAAAGCACUGGGUGAGAUAUCAACAGAUAAGAAUUCUGGUACAGAUGUCUUGUGUGUAAGUCAACCUUGCCUCCGAGUCCCUUUCUAUAAAGCAGAAUAAUGUUUACACCUUCAUCUGCCUCUCAGGGAUACCAUGUUAAUAAAAAUUAUGUCUGUAAAGUG